CGAGUCAAGGACGAAAUACAAAACAACCAGAUUAGAAACUGCGAAGUUUGGUGGAGCUUUCACAAGCAAUUAUGACAAAAACAUAGUUUUAAUCCGCUUUCAAUGUAAUGUUUAUGAAAUAAGGAUCAUAUCUGUUCGGAGAUGUAUGAAAAUUUUAGGCAUGCACACGGCAGUGGCUCGGGAUCUGGACCUGUUGCCAAUCAUUUAUCCAGGAAGAAGAAUAGUUCCACCAUGGUCAAUGGUCAAAACUCAAAACCAUCCACAAUGCCUAGCAAGAGUGAGCGUCUCAAUUCACCCAAUACAAGUAAAUGGGAGCCAGAUGUCAGGAUGAUGAUGUCAACAAAUCAAUGGCUUAGGGUUCAUGGACUAAAAAAGCGCAAGCUAGACAUGGCACAAAUAUUGCCAUCAAUUGGAUUUAGACAUUCAGAUGAUUAUGUCCAGCCACUGCAAAAGCCUGUCCGUGCAAGAUAUUGUAAAGGUCUUUUCACACAAGUACCCUAUAGAAAUGGAUCUGUUUACAAUGUGAUUGCAAGCAAAGAGAAGCUGCAAACAAUAGAAGAACAGUUAAAACAAGUGAUCAGUUUAUAUAAGAGAAGAUUAGAAUGGCUUACUACAGAAAGUCGUAGAGUGUUUGGAGUAAUAGAAGAGAGAUGUAUCACCAUUAUCCUGGAUAUUGAUGUAGCAUCAGAUACUCUAUUCGACACCUUCCGACAUGCACUUAUACAAGUCAUCAAGGAACAAGUUAUGUUUAUUGCUAAGUUAAACCUUAUUCGCUGUGCUGCUGAUAUGCAAGUUUGGCAGGAUCAUGCAGUUUGUGUAACACUUGACAGUAUGGAAGAUGCACUGGACUGGAUAUGGAAGCUUAACAAAAUAGUACCAAGAACUACUACAUGUACCGUAGAGGCUGUCACUAAAGCUAUUAAUGACCAACAUGUGGAGGCUGUUUACUUAUUUACUGAGGGAGCCGCUUCUGAUGGAUCAUCUGAGCUCCUCAAACGAAAGCUGCAGGGAAAUCAAAUACCUAUCCAUGUUGUUUCAUUCAACUGCAACAGUCCAUCCAUGAUCCAGUACUUCAAAGAAAUUGUUAAAGACACCAGUGGAAGAUUCCAUGCAUUCUCCAUCAGUGAUGAGUAUGACGACACACUGUCAACCAUAAAUGAUGUUGAUAGUGGUAAUCGGAAUGGGCGUGGCAGGGGUGAUGGUAUGCCAUCUCUUAAACUAGGGAUAGGUGUACGUGAGGAUGUGAUCACUCUCUGGCAAGAACUAGAUGAAGCAAGGAAUGGCUUGGCUGAGAUUCAAGCACUGCAGCUUGAACUAUCUGACCCUAAGUCAACUCCAAUAUCUACAGUUCCACCACCAAAAGAUAGCAGAAAUGAGGUUACAAGACCAAAAGCAGGAAGUAAGAGCGAAUUAUACAUGAGCUCAAAAGAUUGGCUCAAGCGCCAUGGUCUCAAGAGUCGUAAGCUGGGGUUCUAUGACUUGCUACAGACUCUAGCAUUCAAACACUGUGAUGGUGUAGUUGAUAUCCAGCAACCUCCAACAGACAAUGGUAUUGAUGCUAUUGUUCGUCCAAAAUUAGUGAAUGCUCGAUACUGUGACAAGUUUGCUCAUGUCCGCUGGAAGGAUGGUACCAUUAUGCAUGUCCAUGUCAGUGGUCCAGUACAUAGGAACUUUGAACAAAGAAUGUUAUCUGCUUUAGAUUCUUACAAGAAAAGAAUUGAGUGGCUCCAGCAAGGCAGUCGUGAGUUGUUUGGAACAGUCAUUGAAGAUCAAGUUACUAUUCUUAUUGACACUUCAGCAUCCAUGGCCUCUCGUUUGUUCCUAGUUAAAGACAAGCUUUACCGUCUAAUGCAGGAACAACUUCGUCACAAAGUCAAGUUCAAUCUAAUGAAGUUUGAUACUAAAGUACAAGCAUGGCGUGAUCGGCUGGUUGAUUGUAACACACAUAACCUUGAUAAUGCAUGGCAAUGGGUGAAAGGACUGAGUACUGGAGGAUCCACAAAUACUUUAGCAGCUCUGAAACAGGCUUUAUCUGAUCAACAAUGUCGUGGAAUCUACCUACUUACCGAUGGACGACCUGAUCAGCCUCCAACUUCCAUCCAUGCACAAGUACACCUUCUCGACCCAGUACCAAUUCAUACCAUCUCGUUCAAUUGUGCUGAUAGCGAGGCUAAUGAGUUUUUAUGCCAGCUUGCGUCAGCAACUAAUGCCAGGUUUCAUUAUUUCUCUGAGGAUGGAUAUGACAUCAAUGGACCAAAGCCAUACGAGAGCGAAGAUCUGAGGUUGCUAAGAGAAGAGAUUGAAAAAGGCUUGUCUGACAUGAAGAAGAUUGCUAUGUUAAGAAAUGAGUGUGCCCAGUUGGACUGGUAUGGCUCCAAUACUGGACGUUGCUCAAAGACUCAUUCUGGUUCGCGACCUGCACGGCCAACAUCCGCCAAGAACAGAAUGGUUCCUUCUCCGCCAUCAUCUGUGCGACCUUCAAGUGCUCGUGUGCGUCCCGCAAGUGGCCGUUCCUUGUCCUCAAGUACCGGUAUACGCCAUAGUAGCUUUAAAGACUACAUUGUUAAUGAUGCUGUUAAAGACAUCCCAGCACGUAAGCCAAGAGACAGAGAGUUUGUAGUUUCAGAGACACGUUCAAGUCAAUUAAGACUCAACUUGAGAAAGCAAACUAGUAGUGACUGGAUGUUGUCUGAAACACGAAACUACUUGGCAAGAAAACCUGAAGAUUACAAGAAAACGAAAACCAAAGUUCGCACAAAGAAAAGGAAGAACACUAAGGCAAAAGUCGAUGACAUUCAGGAGGUAUCAGUUAAGCAAUGGCUUAAAGAACAUGGUCUGGUUGGCCGUAAACUUACAAUACUGGAUGCACUGUCACCAACUCUAAUCCCCCAUACCACUAAAUACGUACCGAUACUGGAUAAACACAUACUGUCUAAAGUCUUUGACCAGGUUCUUCCUCUUGCACACACAUCAGGUAGCAAUCGUGACGAGGUUCAACUAGUCAAUCCACAGGCCGUUAAUUUGAAGGCUUAUGAAGCCAAAGUAGAGGAAGCUAUCAAACUUUAUUCAAGAAAACUCGACGAACUAGUUUACUUUGGUUUGAGUGACCAAGAACGAAUCAAAUAUCCCGAAGACAGCGUACCGUCAUUCUCUGCAAAUAGACAAUCCAUGAUGAGAGACUUAGAGGAUCAGGGCUGGCAAGUUAGAAGAGAGGAUAUCAUGUUGCUAGAAAAGGAGAUCGAACAAGCCAACACUUUCUUGGUUCAGUCUCAAGAUCUUAGAAAGGCUUCAGAACAGGCUGCAAAAGAAAUAGCAGAAGAGCAAAGAAGAGCUCGCGAGGAGAUGGAAAAUAAACGAAUCGAGAAAAUCAUGUCGAAGAGUGCAUCAACGACUGCAGUACCUACCCAGUCCACCCCGCAAGGGAACAAAUACCGGCUUCGACAUCAUAAGGUCGUAGCCCGUAACGAGGUAGACGGGUUUUAUUAUCCAGGAUUAGUUCGUAAAUGCGUCAAUCCUCGAUAUGUAGAGGUUGAUUUUGACGGCUUUGAACGGCAAGUUGUAGGAGUACGAUAUGUUAUACCAAUAGAGGGUGCAAGGCCGUGCCCUUCCUUGAAGGUUGGUGAUUACGUACUUGUUCGUACCCCGAUACCCCGUGAAAAAACAGAUGAUGUCAUCAUGGACGGGGGAUAUUGCUAUGUACCUGGCAUUGUGCAAGUUGUACCAUUGAGAAAAGCAACUGCCUCAAAAUGCUACACAGUUUUACGAUUCAACGGAAAAAAGAUAACAUCAGUCAGGAAAGACCUCAUUAAGAUAGCUAAGGCUCGUUAUACGUUUGCCUGUCGAUAUAUACGAGAUGCUUUAAUAUCAGCCUAUAAAGCAUCUUGUCCAUUUGGUUUGUAUCCUAAUGGUGUUGAAGAACGAAAUGAACUUAUUGCAGUCAACAAAGGAAAAGAAGAUCUUGAAAAUUCCAGAAGCAGAUCAAAUAGUAGUUCGAGCGAACAUUCGGAAAAAUUAAACGAAGCUAGUCGAUCGAGAAGUCCUUCAAAUUCAAGUUCGGGAAGUCGAAGCAGAUCAAGAAGUCGAAGUCGUAGCCGUUCUCCAAGCCCAGCGAGAAGCGAGAGUUCGAUCGAGAGCGAUAAAGAAAGUGAGCCGCCUUCGCCGAAAUCUCCCAAACGAAGAUCAAGAAGCCCGACUGAUCAUUUUGAAGACCUUAAAAAAGAACUAGACGAGAAACAUGCCACGCAGUUGAAUGAAAUCAGGGAACAGCGUGACAAACUUGAACUACUUCAACAACAACUCGCAGAAGAGCAAAAGAAACAGAAGCAGCAACAGGAUGCCUUGGAACAGAAGCAAAAAGAGUUACAAGAUAAACAGGAUGAACUAGUACAGGCACAGAUAGAAGAACAUAAGGACAAACAAAACAGGUUACAAGAAGAGCAGAAAAGACUGCAAGAACAACAAGAAGAUCUCUUAAAGAAACAAAGAGAUCAGCAAGAACAGCUGCUUAUGCAGCAAUACAACCAGACCCAGUCCCUACAGCUACAGCAACAGCAACUUAUGCAAAUGCUGGCCACCAAUCAACAGCCAAAGAAAGACCAAGCAGUAGAGACUGACAAAACUCAUGAUUCCUCACCAAAACGAUCACCAAGACACUCUUCAAGUACCUCUCCAAAACGAUCGCCUGUUCCUUCUCCUAGAAAUUCAAAACCAAGCUCUAAAAGGUCGUCACCCAGGCCAUCGCGUCCAUCCUCAAGCAAGAGGUCGAGUAGAAAGCCUUCCACUUCCGGUGAAAACGUCGACGUCAGUGCCAGUGAUACGGACAGUUCUUCAUCCGACGAGUCCGACGCCUCGUCCAAGGCAUCAGCUAAAAAUGGCCAUGAUAAUGUUGAUGGUUCUAAGAAACCUGAUGCUGGGGAAGAAGAAGGUCCACCGAAUAUCCAAUUUCAUAUGUCAGAUAAUAACGAGGCGUGUUUACUAACAAAGGGAUCCCAUGGAUUACUUAUAUCUCGUCUUCCUCCAGAUGUUGACCCAGCCAUCGAGACACGACACGUCCCGAAACAAAUCAGUGAAGGAGAAGAAGUCCUUGCGAGAUGGGCAGAUGAGGGAUGGUAUUACAGAGGUACUGUUCGACAGGAGUGUGGCGAUGGUACGUUCUUCAUCGAAGACAGUGUUGGUGAUCUUGAACAGAUCCCAAGGGUUGAUAUCAUAACUGAUGAAGAUGACGCCGAUAAUGUUAUCAAGGAAGGUGAUCCCAUCGUAGGCUUACAUCCAAGCUUCUCUUACAGUUAUGCACCAGGUGUGGUGAUUAGCCUUGAGGAUGAUAACAUGCAUCAAGUUCGCUAUUAUGAUGGUAUCGAGGCCAUGGUUCCCAGAGAAGAGCUAUACAUGUUACCACCAGAGAAGUUCGAAGCUGACUGUGCGUAUAUCUUAGCAUGUGAAGAAAGUCUUGUUGGCCAGGCAGUGGUGGCCAGGAAUGAUAACGAUGGUACCUUUCACCUCGGGACAGUCCGAGAACGUGUUGGUAAUGGUCGUCAAUACAUCAUCGAAUGGGCGGACCAGUCUGUACAACUACAGAGCUCUGGAUACAUCUUUGGUGCGCAUACCAAACGACAUCCGCUGUCAAUUGGGGACCGUGUGCUCGCGCUCGCAGAUCCAGCGACGUACGUUUAUGUGCCUGGUUGGAUCACAGGAUCUAAUGGACGAAGGCUUGUCGUCAAAUUUUGUAACGGAAAAAGCUCAAGUCACGUGGAUCCCCUGCAAUGUUUCUGGCUAUCACGUGAUUACUUUGAUCGAGUGGUUGAAUUUUACAAGAAGCGAAAGGGACAAGACGAACAAAGCUAGGGAAAGAAAGCCAGUCAACCUAACGUUGCUUUUAUAACGCCCUUUAAUUCGAUAAAUACUCUGUAAAGAUUGCAAAAGAUUUAUAAAAUGUAAAUGGAAUUCUACAUUCAAAGGUCAAUCUCAAUACAUCUUUAUUCUGGGGAGAGGUUGGCAUUUCACUCGAAAUGAUUAAGGAUUUCACGAUGAAAUGUGUAUUUUGAUAGAAAAUAAAAUAAUUCUAACCAAAAA